GAUGACAUAGCAGACCUUUAGCAAAGUUAACUAUUAAGUUGUCAGGAUGAAAGGUCGGGAGGCUUGCCUUUAACUGGGCAGCGAGGAUGGGAAAAGCGCAUUGCUCCUUAACAUUUGCUUCCCUUGGGGCAGAAGGUAAAGAAGAAAAAAGACAAUCAUAGAAAGUCAUCGUAACAGAAGUGCCCUGGAAAUCACGAUGGACGAAUUCUGCAACUCUACUUUUUGGAAUCUCUCAUUAUUGAAAAGUCCGGAAGCUGACCUGCCUCUCUGUUUUGAACAAACUGUUCUUGUGUGGAUUCCCCUGGGCUUUCUUUGGCUCUUGGCGCCUUGGCAACUUUACAGUAUAUACAGAUCCAGGACCAAGAGAUCUUCUAUAACCAAAUUCUACCUUGCCAAGCAGGUGUCCGUUGUGUGUCUUCUUAUUUUAGCAGCCAUAGACCUGUCUCUUGCACUCACAGAAGAUACUGGACAAGCCACGAUUCCUCCUGUUAAAUAUACAAAUCCAAUUCUCUACCUAUGCACUUGGCUCCUGGUGUUGGUGAUCCAACACUGCAGGCAAUGCUGUAUACAGAAGAACUCUUGGUUCCUGUCCAUGUUCUGGAUUCUCUCUCUAUUAUGUGGCGUAUUCCAGUUUCAGACUCUGAUACGAGCACUCCUGCAGGAUAUCAAGUCCAACAUGGUCUACUCCUGCCUGUUCUUCGUCUCCUAUGGUUUCCAGAUUGUCAUUUUGAUCCUUUCAGCCUUUUCAGAAUCAAGCGACUCAACACACGCCCCAUCAGCUACAGCUUCAUUUCUGAGUAGCAUUACGUUUAGUUGGUAUGACAGCACUGUUCUGAAAGGUUACAAGAAUCCGUUGACACUAGAAGAUGUGUGGGAUGUUGAAGAAAAGCUUAAAGCCAAGUCACUCACCAGCAAGUUCGAGACAAUCAUGACAAAGGACCUGCAGAAAGCCAGGCAGGCUCUUCAGAGGCGGCUGAAGAAGUCCCAGCAGAGCCCUGAGGGCAUGUCACACGGAUUGACCAAGAAACAGAGUCAGAGCCAAGAUGUCCUUGUCCUGGAAGAAGCGAAAAAGAAGAAAAAGAAGUCCGAGGACACCCAAGACUUUCCCAAAUCCUGGUUGGUCAAGGCUCUCUUCAAAACUUGCUAUGUGGUGAUCCUGAAGUCGUUUAUUCUGAAAUUAGCACAUGAUGUUUUUGUGUUUCUGAAUCCUCAGCUGCUGAAAUUUCUCAUUGGCUUCGUGAAAGACCCUGACACGUAUCCAUGGGUUGGAUAUAUCUCUGCUAUCCUAAUGUUUGCUGUGACUCUCAUCCAGUCUUUCUUCCUUCAGUGUUAUUUUCAGUUUUGUUUUGUGUUGGGAAUGACUGUACGGACAACCAUCAUAGCUUUUGUAUAUAAGAAGGCACUAACCCUAUCUAACUUGGCUAGGAGGCAGUACACGAUUGGAGAGACGGUGAACUUGAUGUCUGUAGAUUCCCAGAAGCUAAUGGACGUGACCAACUACAUACACUUGCUGUGGUCCAGUGUUUUACAGAUUGCUUUGUCCAUUUUCUUCCUGUGGAGGGAGUUGGGACCUUCGAUUUUAGCAGGUGUUGGGCUUAUGAUUCUCCUGGUCCCAGUUAAUGGCGUUCUGGCUACCAAGAUCAGGAAAAUUCAGGUCCAGAAUAUGAAGAAUAAAGACAAACGCUUAAAAAUCAUGAACGAGAUUCUUAGUGGGAUUAAGAUCCUGAAAUACUUUGCCUGGGAACCUUCCUUUAAAGAGCAAGUGAACAGCAUUCGGAAGAAAGAACUCAGGAACUUGCUGCGGUUCGGCCAGCUGCAGACGAUUUUGCUUUUCAUCUUACAGCUAACUCCGACCCUGGUGUCCGUGGUCACAUUUUCUGUUUACGUCCUGGUGGAUAGCCAAAAUGUUUUGAACGCGGAGAAGGCUUUCACCUCCAUCGCCCUCUUCAAUAUCCUGCGCUUUCCUCUGUCCAUGCUUCCCAUGGUGAUCUCUUCAGUCAUCCAGGCCAGUGUCUCUGUAGACCGGCUGGAGCGGUACCUGGGAGGCGAUGAUCUGAACCUGUCUGCCAUUCACCAUGUCUGCCAUUUUGAUAAAGCUGUGCAGUUCUCAGAAGCCUCUUUUACUUGGGACCCGGACUUGGAAGCCACAAUCCAAGAUGUGAACCUGGACAUAAAACCAGGCCAACUGGUGGCUGUGGUGGGCACUGUAGGCUCUGGGAAGUCCUCUUUGAUAUCAGCCAUGCUGGGAGAAAUGGAAAAUGUCCGUGGGCAUAUCACCAUCAAGGGCUCCAUAGCCUACGUCCCUCAGCAGGCCUGGAUUCAGAAUGGGACCAUCAAAGAUAACAUCCUGUUUGGGUCAGAAUACAAUGAAAAGAAAUACCAGCAAGUUAUCGAAGCGUGCGCUCUCCUCCCAGACUUGGAAAUGUUGCCUGGAGGAGACAUGGCUGAGAUCGGAGAGAAGGUACGUGGGGCGAGGAACCUUGAAGGUAAUCCCUCUAUCAGGAUAGGCGCUGGUCUAAGGGAUUCUCUCGGGUCAGUGUUGUCCUUCAGGACCAUGGAGGAGGAGGAUGCGAGCGGCUGGCUUUUGUUUUCACAGACUCGGAUCUUGGUUACACAUGGCAUUCAUUUUCUUCCCCAAGUGGAUGAGAUUGUCGUUCUGGAGAAAGGCACCAUCUUAGAGAAGGGAUCCUAUAGUGACCUGAUGGACAAGAAAGGAGUGUUCGCUAAGAACUGGAAGACAUUCAUGAAGCAUUCGGGACCUGAAGGAGAGGCCACAGUCAAUAACGACAGUGAGGAAGAGGAUGAUGACUGUGGGCUGAUCCCAACUGCGGAGGAAAUUCCUGACGACGCAGCUUCCUUGACCAUGAGAAGGGAAAACAGCCUUCGCCGAACACUGAGCCGCAGCUCUAGGUCUGGCAGCAGGCGUGGGAAGUCCCUCAAAAGCUCCUUGAAAAUUAAAAGUGUGAAUGCCUUGAAUAAGAAGGAGGAAGUAGUGAAAGGACAAAAACUAAUUAAGAAGGAAUUUGUGGAAACUGGGAAGGUAAAGUUCUCCAUCUACCUGAAAUAUCUGCAAGCGGUAGGAUGGUGGUCCCUGUUCUUCAUCGUCAUCUUCUAUGUAUUGAACUAUGUUACUUUUAUUGGCUCUAACCUCUGGCUGAGUGCUUGGACCAGUGACUCUGAAAAACAGAAUGGGACCAACAAUUCAACUUCUCAGAGGGACAUGAGAAUCGGGGUCUUUGGAGCUCUGGGAAUAACACAAGGUAUAUUUUUGCUUAGUUCAAGCCUAAGGAGUAUAUAUGCUUGCAGAGAUGCAUCCAAAACUUUGCACAGGCAGCUGUUAACCAACAUUCUUCGCGCACCCAUGAGUUUUUUUGACACAACUCCCACAGGCCGGAUUGUGAACAGAUUUGCUGGGGAUAUUUCUACGGUGGACGACGUACUCCCCCAGACUUUUCGAAGCUGGCUGCUGUGUUUCUUCGGCAUAGUUAGCACUCUCGUGAUGAUCUGCAUGGCCACCCCCGUCUUCGCCAUUAUCAUCAUCCCUCUCAGCGUUCUCUAUGUAUCUGUGCAGGUGUUUUAUGUGGCUACAUCCCGCCAGCUGAGACGGUUGGAUUCUGUCACCAAAUCUCCCAUCUAUUCUCACUUUAGUGAGACUGUCUCUGGUUUGCCUGUUAUCCGCGCCUUUGAGCACCAGCAGAGAUUUCUAGCCCACAGCGAGAAGCAGAUUGACAUCAACCAGAAAUGUGUCUUUUCUUGGAUUACCUCCAACCGGUGGCUUGCCAUUCGCCUGGAGCUGGUUGGAAAUCUGAUUGUCUUCUGCUCAGCCUUGCUUCUGGUUAUUUAUAAGAAUUCCUUAACCGGGGACACUGUGGGCUUUGUUCUGUCCAACGCCCUCAACAUCACACAAACCCUGAACUGGCUAGUGAGGAUGACGUCAGAAGCAGAGACCAACAUCGUGGCUGUUGAGCGAAUAAAUGAAUACAUAAAUGUGGAUAAUGAGGCGCCGUGGGUGACCGACAAGAAGCCUCCCGCAGAUUGGCCCAAAAAAGGUGAGAUCCAGUUCAACAACUAUCAAGUGCGGUAUCGGCCGGAGCUGGAUCUGGUCCUGAAAGGGAUCACUUGUAACAUCAAGAGCACCGAGAAGGUCGGUGUGGUGGGCAGGACCGGAGCUGGAAAAUCAUCCCUCACAAACUGCCUUUUCAGGAUCUUAGAAUCUGCAGGUGGCCAGAUCACCAUUGAUGGGAUUGAUAUUGCCUCCAUUGGACUGCACGACCUUCGAGGGCGACUGACCAUCAUCCCCCAGGAGCCCAUUUUGUUCUCUGGGAAUCUGAGGAUGAAUCUCGACCCUUUCAACAAAUACUCAGAUGAGGAGAUCUGGAGGGCCCUGGAAUUGGCUCAUCUCAAAUCCUUUGUGGCUGGCCUGCAACUUGGGUUGCUCCAUGAAGUGACAGAGGGCGGUGACAACCUGAGCAUAGGGCAGAGGCAGCUCCUAUGCCUGGGUAGGGCUGUGCUUCGAAAAUCCAAAAUCCUAGUCCUGGACGAAGCCACCGCCGCAGUGGAUCUAGAGACGGAUAGCCUCAUUCAGACAACCAUCCGGAACGAGUUCUCCCAGUGCACGGUCAUCACCAUCGCGCACAGGCUGCACACCGUCAUGGACAGUGACAAGAUAAUGGUGCUAGACAGCGGCAAGAUUGUUGAAUACGGCAGUCCUGAAGAACUGCUGUCCAAUAUGGGUCCCUUCUACUUGAUGGCCAAGGAAGCUGGCAUUGAAAGUGUGAACCACACGGAGCUCUAGCAGUGCUCCCUGGAGCUCUAGCAGUGCUCCCGGGCUAGCGGACUAGAAGAACAUUUCUUAGUUACUUUGGUUCUUGUGACUGUGUCAUAGGGGCAAAGCUACACAGUUUGUUGCUGUUGCUCAGGUUGGCCUCAAACUCUAAGGCUCAAGCAAUCUCUGGUCUCAACCACCCUGUAAAAAAAAUACACUUAAAAGGGUAUCAUAAAUAAAUACUUAAAUAAAUAGUAUCAGGUACCUUAGAAAAUCCACAACUGAGCUGGGGAGAUAGCUCAGUUGUUAGGGUGCUUGCCUUGAAAGGGUGAGGAUCCGAUUUGACCCCUGGAACCCCCUUAUACUCAUUUUUUUAAGUACGGGCAUAGUUGUCCAUGAUAACAGUUUGAGUGUUGGACAGCCAGAGGUAGUCAGGUCCUGGGGCUCACUAGCCAGCCAGCAGAGCUAGCCUGCUUGGAAAAUCCCAGAUCAGGAAGAGACCCUGUCUCAAAAAACAAAACAAAACAAAAAACAACAACAACAACAAAACCCCUAGGUGGACAGAGCCAAAGGCCUCAACACGCACAAACAUCUGCAUACACACCUCAAAAUGGAAGCCUCGUUGCCUUACCUUCAUCAUAAGUUCUUGCUACCCCACCAUUCCCAGAAAUAACCGCUAUUCCUAAAUUUCAUAGUUCUUUUGCCUGUUGUUUUAGUGCUUAUUGCCUUCGUAUGCUCAGGCCAUAUAUGCUGUUUGAUCUGAUGUAAAUGGACUCAUACAGCUUGCGUCCUGUGGCUACACAUUUGUUAACAAUACAUUUGCAGUUUGUCUACACUGAUGCGCGUGGCAGGGUUCUCAUUCUCUCUCUCUCUCUCUCUCUGUUCUUCAGUAGCACAGCACUGUGCAAACAGAUCAUACUUUCUUUCCCUACUGACAGAGGUGACUGAGCACUGGGCUUCUCCUCUGUUAUCAACAUCAGUGCUGUGAACAUCCUGGGGUACUGCGUUUGUGUCUAUAGUUUGGAAAUGGGGGGUGUGCAGUCUUUACAUGUAUAUCCUGAGCAGCUCCAGUUUAAACCGUGAGUAUAGCUAAGAUCUUAUUUUGGGUUCGCUGCGGACACCCCCAGUUUCUUAGGAGGGUUAGUAUCUAUUUGUGGGCUUCUGGUACAUCUGAGUGUAUUACAGUGUUUAAAAUGUUUUAUCUCACA